CUAAUCAAUUGUAGGUACUUCAAAAAUUGCCCGUGGGAUCAUGGACGCAUAGGUACAUGAUCAGAAUCAUCAGAUCGCAUAGCAUAGCACCACCGCAGAUCUCAGAUCUGAACGCCGUUUCGACCUGGAAGGACAAGAAUGGGCGAGGCCCGGCGAGGGAGCACUCCUACAAGGUCGAUCACUGUGUUCUUGAUUUCCUGAACUGCUAUACUGGUCGAAGGGAGCUUGAUGCUUUGAGCUGGAAGAAGCAUGGUUGAACGGAAGCUGCCAUAAGGUUCAGCUGAGCAGUGAACGUCGACAAUUGCACCCACGAUGUCGCUCGGCUGUGCACAAGUCCUUGGGAGCACCUACCAGCUGUGGUGUCACUAUCCAGACCAUCUACUUGGCCACCGAUCGCAUCGGAGGAGUCAACAAGGGACGCUAUGUGGACAGAAGACACAUGGAGAUCUCAUUGCUGGAAAGAUCAGGAAGCGCGCAAGCGCACCACCAUGGGGAAUUGGUGGUGAGAUGCACAAUCGGUUGCGGGCUGCCAGCACGAUACCAUCUGCUUCCUUGUUACAGGAGGUGUGCCGACCACAGCAGAAUCUGCCGUCGACCCGUGUGCCGGAGCUGCCUGUGGUGGCCCCUGCGGUGUCUGCCCCUGGCACUGUGCACAUCGCUGCGGCCCCUUAUUUGUCCGUGUCGGUAGCGCCCCCCCUGUACAUGGUGCACAUCCUGUACGAGGGCCAGAACCGCAGCCUCCAGGGUGCGCAGCGUGUCUGGUCGCACGUUGGCCACAGCGGCUGGAAGGACACCCUGGAUGUGGAGCUCCAGAGUGCAGGGCCUCAGGCGUGGCGUGGGGUGUACUUGGUGACGCUGGCUGCGCUGUCCAGCUUGGCGCACCUGGAGGUGCAGCUGGCGUUCAAGGGCGUGGUGGCAGACGAGGAGCGCUGGGACAACAACGGCGGCGCCAACUGGAGCCUGGCCAUCGAGCUGGCGCCAGGGGAGGGCCUCCUCGCAGUGCGUCCUGAGCCACCCCCACGCGACCUCGUCUCCAGCCUGCUCCUCCGUAUCGAAGCUUUGGCUGCGCAGAGCUUGUUGACGCCGGAGCAGGGGUCUCUCCUGCGGACGCUUGCGUGGCAGCGUGACUUUGAGCUCUUGAAAGCAUACAAAAAGGUGCGGUUGCAGGCGGACUCGGAGGUGGUUGGGGAGCUGCAGUCGCGCUGCGGCUUCCUGCGGCGCCCCGGGCUGCACGUGGUGCACAUCGCGUCCGAGAUGGCGCCGCUGGCCAAGGUGGGCGGCCUGGCCGACGUGGUGGUCAGCCUGGCCAAGGCGCACCAGGCGGCGGGCACGCUCGCGGAGAUCAUCCUGCCCAAGUACGACUGCAUCCGCUACGCCGACGUGGCGGAGCUGCGGCAGCUGGUGCAGCUGGAGGUGCCGUGGGGCGGCAGCACCAUCAAGACGGUCGUGUGGGCCGGCAUCGCGGAGGGCCUCCCCGUCUACUUCGUCGAGCCCUACUCGCGCGAGCGCUUCUUCUGGCGCGGCCGCUUCUACGGCGAGGUGGACGACGCGGAGCGGUUUCUGUUCUUUGCGCGCGCAGCGCUCGAGUUCCUGGUGUGGGAAGAGGAGACGCAGGGCAAGCAGCCGGACGCGCUGCACAUCCACGACUGGCAGUCCGCCGCAGUUGCGCCGCUGCUCAAGGAACAGUACAGAGCGCGCGGCCUCACGCGACCCGGAGUCGUGCUCACGAUUCACAACAUCGCGUUCCAGGGGUGGCUCACCCCCAACUACCUGGACCUGAUGGGCCUGCCCCGCGCGGGCGCCUACACCCCGGAGCGCCUGCUGGACGACACGCGGCCGGGCUUCGCGGCCGCGCAGCCGGACAUCAACCUGCUCAAGGGCGGCAUCGUGUACGCGGACGCGGUGACCACCGUGUCCCCGACGUAUGCGCGCGAGGUAUUCGCGCCCGAGUUUGGGAUGGGCCUGCAGGGCGUGCUGGGGCGGCACGCGGGCAAGUUCCGCGGCAUCCUGAACGGCAUCGACCCCGACAUGUGGGACCCCGCCACCGACGCCGCCCUCCCCGCGCACUACACCGCCGCCGACACCGCGGGCAAGGCCGUCUGCAAGGCCGCGCUGCUCGCCGAGCUGGGCCUGCCCGCAAAGCCUAACACGCCGCUCAUUGCAGUGGUGUCCCGGCUGACGGAGCAGAAGGGGCUGCCGCUCAUCCUGCACGGCCUGCGCGUCGCGCAGCAGGCGGGCGCGCAGUUCUGCGUGCUGGGCAGCGCACCCGAGUCCGCGGUGCAGCAGGGCUUCGAGCGGUGGGCCGCCGAGCUGGCGGGCGGCACCGCGGGGCGGCUCGUGCUGCGCUACGACGAGGCGCUCGCGCACCGCAUCUACGCGGGCGCGGACGCCAUCCUGAUCCCCUCCUUCUUCGAACCGUGCGGCCUCACGCAGCUCAUCGCGCUCAGGUACGGCACCAUCCCCGUAUGCCGCCAGACGGGUGGCUUGGCGGACACCGUGCGCGACGUGGCGCACUCCGGCGCCCCCGAGCACGAGCGCAACGGGUUCACGUUCGCGGGCAAGUCCGAGGCCGACGUGGAGACGGUGCUGCGGCGCGCCAUCGACGCGUACCGCGACGCGGGGGAGUGGUGGCACGGCCAGCUGGUGCCGCGCGCGAUGCGGCAGGACUGGUCCUGGAGCCGCUCCGCGCAGGACUACCUCCAGCUGUACCGCCAUCUCAAGCAGGGCUGAGCGGAACAGUAGAGGACAACGGAACAAGGGCACGCGCAGAAGUAGGAUAUGUAGGACUCAAAAAGGUCGGAACAUAAAUAACGGCGCCUUGUAGAGGGGGUUGCAUCUGCUUUAUGCAUCAUUACUGCUCGCAUACAUAGCUUAUAAUUGACAAUAGUGGUUACGUUGUGAUUGUUAUUUUACCGUAGUUGAUUGCAGCAUCAAGGACGGAGACCAGUCACGGGGUCCAGAUGACUUACCUUCACUAAACUAGACAAAGCUACAAUAAAGUUGGUGGGAACAAGUCGAUGUUGAUCAAGCCAAAUAACGUGCCCCCAAUCUAUUAGAGUUGUACGGUUUUCCGAUCAAAUGAACACGAGCCUUUUCUAAGUUAGAUUAGCGUCUUCGAAGCCUGACUCACUCUGAAUCGAAUGAUGAUUUGCCGUCCGAC